CACAAACUCCUCCCUGUUGACAACACACGCUGCUCUUAUCGCAAUGGUCUCCUGGCUUAUUUCUAGGCUUGUGGUGCUCAUCUUUGGUACCCUUUACCCAGCUUACUCCUCAUAUAAAGCUGUAAAAUCUAAAGAUGUGAGAGAAUACGUGAAAUGGAUGAUGUACUGGAUAAUAUUUGCACUUUUUACAACAGCUGAAGUGAUUACAGAUAUAUUUUUGUGCUGGCUCCCAUUCUACUAUGAACUCAAAAUCGCCUUUGUGGUGUGGUUACUUUCCCCAUACACAAAAGGCUCCAGUGUGCUCUAUAGAAAAUUUGUGCACCCUACACUGUCCUCGAAGGAGAAGGACAUCGAUGAAUACCUAUGCCAAGCAAAAGAUAAAAGCUACGACACUCUAGUUCAUUUCGGAAGGAAAGGACUCAAUGUGGCGGCAACAGCAGCAGUUAUGGCUGCUAGCAAGGGCCAAGGAGUUCUCUCUGAGCGACUUCGGAGUUUCAGUAUGCAUGACCUGUCAUCCUUCCAGGCUGAAGGCCAAGAAACCAACCAGAGUUCUGUUACCACCCAGCCUGCAGCUACACAGCACAGAACGCGCAGUAUGAUGCGCAGCAAAUCUGAGACUGGUUACAGUAAGGGCUAUGAUUUUGACAUGACCGAGUAUGAGGUGUUGGAGACAUGCCCUUCUAAGGAGCCUCCCUGCCCAUUGACUUCCUACCCUGCCCCAUCGCAGCCUGACCCCCUGACUCCACUGCUUUCCUAUUCUGAGUCCUUCCAGGAUUCCCCACCUCCCUCUCCACCUGUAUCCCCAGAGGAGCCUCUGAAUAAGGGGAAGGAGGGAUAUGCCCCCGCAGGGUCACCCCAACUCAAAUUUAAGAGACGUGCCCCUGAGCCUCCUCCUAGAACCCUGAGACCCGUCACCCGAUCCAGAUCAAAGACCGCCCUCUCUUCAGACACUGAAGCUAUGUGACUGUGCAUAUGCUCUGAGAGUGCUUUAGCUGUCCUACCUGCAACAACGGGAGAUGCAAUGAGCGAAGGCAGAGAAAAAAGGAAUGCAGCCAAAAUGUUAAAAUAUUCAAAAGCAGCUUUGCUCUGUAAUGAGGUAACCAAAGUGACGUGCAACAUUUCACUUUUGAUCUUUGACACUUAAUGGGAAGGAUAUACAUUUAUGGCAGGCAACACUUAUGUGUACAUACUGCUGCUCUGAGACACUUUUGGGGUCAUUGAACUGGUUUUGUACAUAUUUACGUUAUGUUUGAGUGUAGAUCGUUUGACUUCUCGUUAUGAUAUUGGGAGAAAACAAUGCAUGCAUGUGUCCUCGGUCUUGUGUCUCGGGUCCCCCAACCAUCCAUAAGUCAUGAUCACACACAGUCAUCUCAUUUUUAUGACAGGGAUAUUUAAUAUUUUGGGUUAAGUGUCGAAAACUCACAUGUUUAAUAAGGAGAGUUCAGAUUUUGGCUUUCUUUGAAUGGAAGUUCUUUGGAAAAGAUUUACCUCACCAAGAUGGUUGCUGUGUUUGGCCUCAAACAUAACAUUUAUCUGAUGAAUUCUGUACAAACAAAUGCAAACAUUUGUCUGCAAAGAGUAAUCCUUAAAUACAAGCUCGUAGUUUAACCAAAAACAGGUAUUGAUUACCUGAUACCAAUCAUAUUAUUAUGCACAAUAAAUUAUUCAUAAAGUGCAAUGGACAUUGUAAUUUUGCUGAACUGUAAUACAAAAAUGAUGCUGUUGCUUUCAAAUAGAUAAACAUAUUCGAGGAGGAAAUCAAAGUGUUUAUUUUGAUCAUUAUUAUUAUUAUUAGGCUGUACAGUAUUUUAAAUCAUUUAUAAACAUUUCAAAACUGUUUGAAUAUCAUAGAUUGUAUGUGUUUUUGAUUUUUACAUUUCUUUUUUAGUUGCUUUAGUUGCAUGUAUUUACACAAAAUGUUGACGAUUUGAAUGUGUUUCACACUUUUGGCCUCCACUUGUUAAGCGUGCUCAGUAUUACUUUUAAAGUACCUUAUCAGAGUUGGGUUUAGUGGCAUUAGUGAUGCUUUGGUACAACACAAAGCGGGUCUCUUAACUCACUUGUUGGUAGCAUUAACAUAUUUACUCAUAUAAGAGGAAUCGACAGGUAAUAGAAUUGUCCAAAUACUGUGCGUUUACACUGACAUGUAUCACAGCUUGGUGUUGUAUCAUUCCUGAUUACAGUAAUGUGUUAGAAAAACUUAGAGCUGUAAUACUCUUAUAUGUCCUGAAGUGGGCAGUAGAGUCUGAACUGUUUCGAAUGCAUAGCCCAAAUGUGGAUAUUGAAAGAGUUGUUUUUUCAAUAUUUAGGAAGGGUUGAAGAGAAUAUGUUUUAGGCUGUGAGAAUAAUGACAAUCCUAUAAACACACUUUGUAAAAUCAAGGAUGUAAUGUAUGUAAAAUCUUGGAACUGUCCAAAUGAAAUGCUUUGGAAACAAACCUCACUGACAAAAUAUCUGCCUCAGGAAUUGUUCUUUUAGACUUUCAUCACCAAUAUAUUUACACUUGUAAAACUUUUUACAAUGCGUAAAGGUCAUUGAGCAGUGAUAAAGUGUAAAGACUAUUAGACAUUUAGCAGUAAAUGUCAAUAGGUUGUCUGACUUUGUUACAGUUGAUUGUACUGCAUUUUAUUUAGAGUUAACCAUCCCAUCAGUUAUUUUUAUUUAUUUUUUUGCUCACUGAAAAUCCAGCAUUCUAUUUAAGUAGGAUAAGUGCCCUAUAUGGAAUAAUUUCAUCUUUUUACAGCAUUAAAAAGUAGCUGAACCUUCUUUGAAUAUGUUUCAUAAUGAAGUCAUUAAAAGGACAACCUUUAACAUUUCUUACUAUAUGAAGACCAGUUUAGUUGUGUAAUACGGCUUUCUCCUACGUAAUGAGUAAAUAUGGAAUAUUUAUGAACUCAAUCAAAUUUAACAAAUAAAAAUAUAUAAAAUAUAAUUUACAUGGUUAGUCUACUCAGUAGUUUGCAAAUACGCAAAUGAGACAUUUCACACUUAUGCGCCUUAUCAUGCCAUAGGUACAUUUAGAUCAAAUCAGGGACUUGAGGCUUGUGCAAGUUUUUUUUUUUGCCAGAGCAGAAGGAACCUAAGGGUGCUUUCAGGAAUUCACUUUCUUCUCAAACAUUUGCAGCAUCACUAUUGAGAAGUAUUUCCAUACACCACAUCUGUUAUGUCUGGCAGGCCAGAAUAUAUCUCAUUGGUCAAGGUCCUUUACUGAAUAUGU